CGCGAAUAUAUAUAUGUAAUAUUUGUUAAAUAUAACUGUUGUAAACUUCCGGAGAGGUCAGUGUCCGUUAAAAAAAAGCCAGGCGGAAACGAGGAAGUGUGACAGCAAACGUUAGAUAGCGUCAGUUUGAAGUUGACGCUAGUUAGCUACUCAAAAUGUGCCGUUUCCGAGUUGUUAUGAAAUCUCAAGUCGGUGGGCUAUAACGAUAGGCGAAUACUUGGUCGUUAGCAGUGAGGACGAAAAACAAGUGACUGGCCAAGAUGUUGAGAGCUGGUGGUGUGUUAAAGCUAGUGGCCCUCGUCUUCGCUUUCCUCCUGGCUGCCUUCCUCGCCUUCGAACUGAUGGAGAUAAACAUGGAUUUUAAACUGAGCAAUGUUAUUUCGAGAUCUCUACCACAGAUCGAAGUCCCGACAAAACCAGUUAAGCACAAGUGUGGGCUGUCCAAGGCGUGUCCCGUUGGACACUUCUCCUUCAAGAUGACGAGCGGCGCCGCCAGCGUGGUCGGCCCCCGUAUGUGCCUGGACGACAAACUGAUAAUGAGCGGUGUAAAGAACAAUGUGGGGAGAGGAAUCAACAUCGCCCUGAUUGAUGGGAGAACGGGGGGCGUCAUCAAGACGGAUUUCUUCGAUAUGUGGGCAGGAGAUGUGGCUCCCUUUAUUAAAUUCCUGAACGAAAUCCAAGACGGGACGGUGGUAAUGAUGGCCUCGUUUGAUGAUCCCGCAACAAAACUCAACGAUGAAGCCAGGAAGUUAAUUUCUGACCUGGGCAGCACAUCCAUCAGUAACGUGGGCUUCCGGGAUAACUGGAUCUUUGUAGGAGGGAAAGGAAUCAAGACCAAGAGUCCGUUCGAGCAGCACAUAAAGAACAGCGCGGACACCAACAAAUUCGAGGGCUGGCCCGAGGUGUUGGAGAUGGAAGGCUGCAUACCGCAAAGACAAGACUGAUCGCGUGGGGCGUCCUCUUAGAAAACGGCGGCCGCCUCGUCUUUUCUGCCUUAGCCGACCCAGCGCCUUCUCUGUCCUCGUCAGAUUUUGCCGUUGGGUAAACGUCUUCUAUGCUGAGUUGAAGGUUCAUUUGCUAAGUUGUGUUUCCAACUUCCUACCAAAACAACAUUUUCAGAGUUUAUUAACAGGACCUCCUUGCACUCCUCGUUCUGAUAGGUUGCUAAGUUGCUAUUGGGCCAAGUAAAUAGGAUGCACUGCUUGGGGGGGAGGAGGAGGUGUGGCAGAUCCUGGGGCUUAUCUGAUUGUUGCAUUAUUGCACUGUUCAUGAUGGAAUAGGUUUUUUUACUUACCCUGUCUUAAUUGUCCUUUUCAUAUUUGUUUUUAUCCACCCUCUUGUAAUUCCUCUUUUCCCUUCGUCGGGAGAGUUUUAUUUUGUUGUUGUUAUUAACAGGAUUUGACGACAUCAUCGCCAAAUGAACCAAAUUCACUGUGAAAUUUUGUAAAUAUCUGUUCAGAGGAGGGUCCUGACUUGAGAAGAUCCUAACUUAAUAAACAUUGUAAUUAUAAUAUAAUUUCUUAAAAUAAAUGAUUUUGUCUGCCGUGA